ACGGUGGGCACAGACAUUAAAUGUUUCUGCGUAUUUGCUUUCUCUAUACAGUUAGGAACCAAACGAAGUCUUCAGCGGUUUGGCUGGAACAUCGGGACGUUUUUAUAUGAUUUUUCGAAAUAUGAAUGUAUUUAUUUCAAGAACAGUUGGAGGAUUUCAGCCUUAUAGUUCGUUAUAAUUUAUCCAAAUGACAACCAUUGUGAACACGUAAAUUCCGAGCUUCGUGAUUUCGGAAUAGGAAGCCCACAAGCCUAUGGAGCCUACCAACAAGCAGUCUGCUUAUUGCUGAUCGCCUGUAUUUGUCCUGUUUGCGAUGCAGGAGAAAUUAUCCCCGGAAAAGCCGAUGCAAGAAUAUCUCCGAAACUCUCCGGCGUUUUUCACACAUCUGCUAUAAAAGUACCAUGGAGAAUUCAACUGAAAUACUGUUUGUUCUACAAGGACUGAAUGAGACAAUGUUAAGCAAACACACAUACUUUAUCCUCAUUCUUCUUGGUUACCUUUUUACUCUUUUGGCGAACCUGACUUUGAUUGGGACAAUUAUUUCGGAGAAAACGCUCCAUGAGCCCAUGCUUGUAUUUCUGUGUAAUUUGUGUGUAAACGGUAUACUGGGCUCCUCUAUAUUUUAUCCUAAAAUAUUGGUGGACAGUUUAUCUGGCUUGAGUGUUACUUCGUAUAAAGUUUGUAUAGGUCAAAUUUUUUUAUUAUACAGCUAUACAAACAGCGAAAUGACUACGUUAGCAAUCAUGGCUUAUGACAGGUAUAUCGCGAUAUGCAAGCCGCUCAAUUACCACUCCAUUGUAACGCCUCAGAAAGUGAUGCAAUUACUAGUAUUUAACUGGAUUGUAUCCAUCUGUCAAUCUGUUGUUGUGACGGCCCUGGUAGCCAGACUGCCCCUCUGUGGAUUCAACAUCGAAAAGAUUUACUGCUCAGCCUGGGCCGUGGUAAAGUUGUCGUGUGUGGACACCACUCUCAAUAACAUAUUCGGGUACAUUUUCAUAGUUUUUAACGUUUCACUAGCAGUGCUGGUCGUGAUUUCCUAUGUUCCAAUCGUCAGAGCAUGUGUGCGAUCGAAGAAAGAACGGAGUAAAUUCAUGCAGACUUGUUUGCCCCAUAUAAUCGUACUGACCAACAACUUCAUCGCACUCUCUUUUGACCUCAUGUACACGCGCUAUGGUCCCACCGACCGUCUGCAGUCUCUCCGCAAUUUCAUGUCCUUGGACUACCUCGUUGUUCCACCGCUCCUAAAUCCCCUCAUUUAUGGCCUGAGACUGAAUCAGAUCCGCCGGAGAAUUUUUAACAUUUGCAGCCAGAAAAUGCAUGCUCUGGAAUGAAUAUUGUCUAAUUUGUUGUCCAGGUUGGAAAAGAUUUAACAUCUGUGAUUGAUAGAAAUUUACAUUUGGAGCUGAUAUAUGGGCGUUUAAAUUAUUAGUCGAGUCGUCUCAUUUACUACCUACAUCUUCAUGAAGAUGGAUUUAUUUUUCUUGUGAAGUGAUGCAAACCCUGCAUAGCCUAGUUUAAUUCACCCUCUCGCACACAUACCAUAGGCGGUUUUACCAUAGCCCAUAGGUAGGCAAUUGCUUGGGGCCACGUCCGCCGAAGGGGCCUCGUAAAUUUUUUGUUUUAAACAUUUUUCUUUUCUUGUCGCUUAAAACGAAUGAUAAUCUGUAAUUUAUUUGUAUAUAUCUACAUGUAAAUGUGGGCCUAUCCGAUUAAAUAUCUAUAUUUGCCAAUAUUUAUUAUCACCCACAUUUCACAUUUAAUGGACUAUUCCACCUGGACUUUCCUGCAUUUGCGCCUAAUCAAUGACGUAGAAAUUCGAGUUGCCAUCAGAGGCAGAGAGUCACUAUCGUUACCAUAAAGCGUUUUCAAAGUGGAUUUGAGAAGAGAAAGAGGAAGAAGGAAGACGCCCAGUUUAAGGAAAGUUUGCCUAAACUGACGAAAUUCUUUAAUAAAACAGCAGCCAGAGACUCCACGACGGAGGAGCAACGAGUAGAGUGAGAGCACCCAUUAUCGACCACCCUAACCAUAGUGUAUUUACUUCGUAUUUAUUAGAGAGAACUGGACGUUGUUACCUAUCUAAAUGUAAGUCCUGUAAAAAUACACAUAAAUUGUCUAAAUGUAAAAAACCGACUUCAUACAUAUACAUUUGGUUAGGUUUUGAUAUAGUAAUACAGCCUUAUUUACUAUAUCAACUUUAAGACAUGCAGCACGCUAUGAAUCAUCUCACCGCGACCCAUUAAAUCCAAUGGUGCAGACGUUGCUUCUUAAUUUCAAACUGCUUUCCUAACGGUCAUUUUGCAUCCUGCGACUUGGGUUACAAUAGUAAUAUGUACGGAUUCCUAGACAUGCCAGCGACCACCCUUUCUCAUAUUAACCUCAAAUACGCAAGACGGGACACGUAUACAGUAGCCUGUGCUAGCAAAUUUAUGUCAAGUUCCAUUUAUUUAUAUGGGGUGGUCGAUACACGUCCUCUUAGCAACCAAAAUCUGGCGCUGGACCACCUCUGAGUUAUUUGCCGGCACAUUAAAAAAAUCGCUAAAGUACUUUUUUUUUUAAAAGAACUACUGGAGGAUAACGAGGAUAUUUUUCCUACAUAAAUAGGUACAGGUUGUUACCGAUAUUUCGCCUAUUUUUUAAUAUAGUUGCAAAUCAGUUUACGUUUUCCUGUCUGUCGAACGAAGUUGGUUGAUAAUAGGUGCUCUCACUCUAGCUGACGUUACACCAGGUGUAACGUUAGCUGAAGAAGCUGAGCUAGCUAAUGUUAGCAGCCUUACUGCUGCCUCAGCCUGUUGUACACCCACCACACCUACUGCAACUUCUAGCGUUCUCUGCUGGUUGUGCUGAACCGGCUACAGUGUGGGAGGAAAGUGUCAGAGGCGACACCGACAGACAGCACCAGCCCACCACAAAUCAGACACCCGCUCGGACCGGGACUUUUACCCCUAGAGAAUAGUGGAUGUUCAAAUGCUUUAUCAAAAAGCAUGUACUAUACUUUUGUCUUGAAAGAAUUAAAGAUUAUAUACUUCA